CGUGCCAUGCGUUCGCCCAAGUGUUCUUAGCCGCUAAGACUGACCACUGGUGCUAUGUUCCGGAGUUGGAGAAAUAUGAAGAUGAAUGCAAUCUGAACAACUCAGUUACGUUCUGUCAAGAUAUUAUAAAGAACCAGAGUAUACCAUCUGUGAAAAGCUCUAGUCAGUGUGGUAGUGGUUUGGUGUACAGUAAUUGUGAACGCUAUGAAAACCUGUCAUACUCUAUGAAAACUAUGAAAUGUAAUCAUGGAUGGAAAUAUGACCGAUCACAAUAUAGGUCAACAGUCUUUCAGGAGUUCGAUUUAGUGUGUGAUCGAUAUUACUUGGGAGCACUAUCCUCGUCUGCUUAUAUGGCUGGAUUAUUCAUUGGGUCUGUAGGAUUUGGAGCUCUUUCUGACAAAAUUGGACGUUUACCAGCGUUGAUGCUAUCUGCAUUAUGCAUGGCGAUUCCAGGUACAGCCUGUGCAUUCUCACCAAAUAUCCAAGCCUACUCCAUAUUCAGGGUAUUUGUAGGUGCUUCACACAUGGGAAUGUUCAUGGUCUCCUUCGUUUUAGCAACUGAACUGGUUGGACCCUCAAAGCGAAUGUUUGUUGGUGCUGUCAGGGAAUAUUAUUUUGCAUUCGGAUAUAUGCUAUUAGCUUUACUGGCAUAUUUCAUCAGAUACUGGUGGAUAUUGCAGUUGUGCUUGUCAUUACCGGCAACGAUUUAUUUAUUAUACUGGUGGAUCAUUCCCGAAUCACCAAGAUGGCUGAUUUCCAUGGGAAAACAUGACAAGGCAGUGGCGAUCAUUAGAAAAUGUGCAGAGGUAAAUAAAGUUACUGUUCCUACCUGUGUGUAUGAGGAGUUGGCAGAAAUGGCCGGGGACGUAAAGGAAACACAUGCUGGUAGUUAUCUUGACCUCCUUCGCCUCCCAAAUAUGAGAAAGAAAUCUUUAAAACUCUUUUAUAUUUGGUUUACUAUCAGCUUAGUUUACUAUGGUCUUUCACUUAACACAUCCAACCUAGGAGGCAAUGACUACCUGAAUGCUUUCGUGUCUGGAGCAGUGGAAGUACCAGCAUAUACACUGUCGAUCUUUCUACCUGAAUCUCCGUUUGGACGUCGAUGGUCUUUAGCAUUGGUAUUAAUAUUAGCAGGAGUGUCAUGUAUAUUUACUCUUAUUACGCCAGUUU